GUUUCUCUGAGGAGAAUAUGGCUGCGCGCUGAACACAGAUUCAGCUUCACAUUUACAUUUCCGCCUUUAUUAAGAAACAAACACCGCGCACUGACUUUAUAAUUAUUUCUGCAGUGUUAAUUAACAAUGAGAAGUAAAAAAUAAAGACUUUAAGAAGCAGCGUCUUUGUUUUGAAGCUUCAGGAAGUGGCAGUGACACAAGUUUAAUAUAAUGUUUAUUAAAGCGGUGAAGUCGGAGUGUGUUAAUGAGGUGAGAUAGCAGAGUGUUCAGCUCGGUGUUCUAACAUCAUUAAUAAUCAUGUCCAUGUUCGGAGAUCUAUUUGAAGAGGAAGAAGAAGAGAGCACAACUAACACCAUCACCCAGAGUAAAGGGAAGGUGUGUGAGCCGCCACCUCCUCGAGGGAAGCUGAAGCUGAGCGGAAUUAGAAAUCAGGGAUCAACAUGUUACCUCAACUCACUCCUGCAGACUUUGUUACACACACCUGAGUUUAGAGAGGAGUUGUUCAGGUUAGGACCCGAGGAGCUCGGCAAGCUGGAGGAUAAAGACAAACCCGAUGCUAAGGUGCGUGUUAUUCCUCUGGAGUUGCAGAAUCUGUUUGCUCGAUUGUUAUUGUUGGAUGAACAAACAACGACAACUACAGCGCUGACCGAGAGCUUUGGCUGGACCAAUAGUGAGGAAAUGGCUCAGCAGGAUGUUCAGGAGUUAAACAGGAUUUUGUUCAGUGCAUUAGAAUCAUCUCUCAUUGGGACGUCAGGCUCCAGUCUGAUACAGAGACUUUACCAUGGAACCCUGAUCAACAGAAUCACCUGCAACGAAUGUCUCAACGUCAGUGAGAGACAGGAGGACUUUCUGGACCUCACAGUGUGUGUUCGUGGUGUGAGCAGCCUGGAGGAGGCACUGUGGAGCAUGUUUGUGGAGGAGGAAGUCUUUGAGGGAAAUAAUCUGUAUCGCUGCAGCCACUGUGACCAACUUGUCAAAGCUACCAAGUCUGUUAAACUGAGGAAGCUUCCCCCAUUUCUCACCGUGUCUCUGCUGCGCUUCAGUUUUGAUUUUAAGAAGUGUGAGAGGUUUAAAGAGACGAGAAGAUACAGCUUCCCGCUCAGCAUCAACCUGCGGCCGUAUUGUGAGCAGUCAGACCAGCCAGACUCUGAGCUGUCCUAUGAGCUCUACUCCGUCAUCAUUCACAAAGGUGGAUGUUAUGGAGGUCAUUACCAUGUCUACAUCAAAGACAUUGACCAGCUUGGCCACUGGGAGCUGCCUGCUGCGGGUGCACAGGACGAUGAUGUAAAACAGAUGAAGCAGAAAGACCAGGUGAAGCCUGUCACUGUGAGUGUGUGUGAGUCUGCUGUGGAGAAGGACAACCCUCUGUCUCUGCUAAUAACUGUACUGGCCCAGGAGUCAGGGAGUGUACUGAUGGAUCAGCUUGGUCAGAAGUUAAUGGAGAAAAUUGGCUGUUCCUGGAAUAAGAAAUACAGGAAGCAGCACGGUCCAAUAAGAAAGUUUCUGCAGUCUAACCCUGACGUGUUUGUGUUGCUGGCGAAUGGCUCCCGUGUGGCUCUCAGAAACCCAGCAGAAACACCUGAGCAGGGUGCAGACCCAAAAUGUGUGGCAGACUGUGUACAAGAUUUGUUAGAGGCAGGAUCAGACUUUGGUUUGGAGGCGGAGCCUGUGAUCAGACACUGGUUUGACCUGAAUGACUCAAUGGUGACGGCCAUCAGCGAGAGUGACAUCAUCAAACAGUAUGAGGGAAAAGAGAGUGCAUACAUGCUGUUCUACAGGAAACGUACACUGUACAGAGAUCCUCAUGUGGUCGGUAAUCCUGCGUUUGGAGUUCCUGCUCAUCUGCUGCAGAUGGUGCAGGAGGAAAAUGACAAGCUUCAGCAGAGGAGGGCAGAGUUUGAAAUCAGCAGUAACAGUAUUGAUGUCCGGCUUCACUUUGCUUCUCAUUACUGCGCUGAGAAUGGAGCACUAAAGCUAAUGGACCCCCACACAGACACACACACCGUCACCCUGAGCAUCGAUUGCAGGAGGACUGUGGGAGACCUGAGACUGGCUGUUUAUCAGAUGCAGGAUGUGUGGAAAGGGGACAUGGCACUGACUAUCGCUAAGAACCUGCCAGCAGGCCUACACCUGUACGACACGCUAACAGAUGAUCAGCAAUCUUUGUACAGUGCUGGAGUGUAUAAUUGCUCCGAUCUGUUUGUUUGGAAUGGGAAAGAGGUAAAUGGUCUGUGUGUGCAAACCGGCGCCGAGUCUGAACCUUUGCUGUUGAACAUCCUGAGGCCAGGUGGGCCAGAGCUGGACCUCGUGAACCAGGCCUCAGAACCAGAUGCUUGUGGUCUAGUGCAUGUAACCCAGGGGUUUUCAGGCAGAGCCACACUGGGUGGAGUGAGGGACGCUCUGAGCCUGCCGGAGGCUCUGGUGUGUCAGCAGGCAAAAGGGAUGGGACCAGGUGGAGAGGGAGGUGGGGCCAGCAGGUGGAAGCUGUGUUCACCUGAGACUAUGAGGAGGACACUAAGAGAACUCACACUCCAGGAUGGAGACACACUGCUGCUGCUGCCACACACACCCCUGAACACCAGUGUCUUCAGCGUUAGUGAAGAUGUAGUUACUGUAAUGACACCGUCAGACUGUCGCUGGCUGCAGGUGGAGUUUCACACCGCACAUGAAGAAGAGAAGAAGUUGAUGAAGAUUCCUGCUGCAGGAAGCACAUUGCUGAGGGAGGUGAAACAGAGGGCACUGGAAGAGAUGCAGCUGCAGGAGCACUUCACAGGUGGUGUGUGUUGUUUGAGAGAGAGGGACAGAACAGGGAAAUUUUUACCCCCAGUCUGUGAAGACCUCAGUGUGCGUGAUGCAGGCAUCAAGUUGAUGACAUCACUGUGUCUGUGUCCUGGAUACUCCCCAAAUACCUCACAGCUCUUCCUGAUCUUCUGUGUGGUGCCACCUAGAGGCCCGGAGAUGGAGAUAAUUGUGGAGCAGACAAUAACUGUGAAGGAGUGUUUGAUGGCGAUGCUGCAAAAGGCUGGACUCACCGGAACAUGCUGGCAUUUGAGAAGGAUGGAUUGGUGUGAGGAGGUUGGGGAGCCCCUGACAGAUGAAAAUGCUUCUUUGUUGGACAUGGGGGUAGUUAAUGGAGACACACUUGUGAUCACUGAGGGACAACUUCCUCCAAAGGGAUUUCUAAGGUUGCCUGUGAGCUGGUUUAUGGACCUGAGUGAUGAGUGUGAGAGAAAUAACACAACAGAAUUACACACUACAGAGCUGCAGUCUGUAGGCUGUGUUGAAAUCUCAGAAGAGGCCUCACUACACGAACUCAGGUGUCAGGUGCUGACGUUGCCUGCACUGAUACAGGUGUGUGUUCCAUCUCCUGAAUUUCUACGUGUUUGGUUGGUGGAGAAGAAAAAACUGAUCAGAAUCCUCAGAGGAAACCAACUCACACUCAGGAAGUUGAAGUUGUCUGUGGUAUCUGAGGUUUGUGUGCAGAAACUGCAGUGUGUGGAGAACCUUGGGCUAAAGGACAUCCUGCUGCGUCUGCAGGUUGAUGUUGCCAAAGAUGAGUUGGGUGUGUCUGAAGAGAGUGUUUAUUUUCCCACUCAUGAGUUUGUGUGGGAGGCAGGAAUAGAUUCUUCCCCUAGGGGGCUGUACCAUGCAGUCUCCACCCACUGUGGAAUCUCACCUGAGAACCUGCUGCUUGCUAAACACCUGCCUGAACAGCACACUUGGCUUACUAUCAACUACGGGAUUCAGGCAUUGUCCAAACAGAAGAAGAAGAAACAGAAACAGAAUAACAGUAAAGGUGUUAACCUGCAGGGGGCGCCAUACUGCUUGAGAGAUGGAGACACUAUAGCAGUGAAGAAUCUACUGAUUGACAGUAAUCGGGAGUUCGGUACACUGAAAAAUGAGCACACACUAAGAGAGCAAAGAGAAUACAGAAGGUGCUCAGAGAAAAAAAGGAACAGAAAAGCAGAAGUGGCCUUGUCAAUCAACGUGGGUGUGUUCAGAUAGCCGUCUCCUCUGGGAGCCGCCCAUUGGUGCCAUUUCAGAUCCUUAACUAAACAGAGAGCUGCUAAUUCAGUGUUGGUGUUACACUGAGUCAGUGUGAGAGAAAAGGCCUGCUGCAAAGGAUCAUAAAAUAUCCAGUUGUUUGUGUGGGUGAUGUCACCUCUUCACAAUGUGAUGUAACGGUAGGACCGCCCCUCUGGGGAUUAUGGGUAAAAUUACUGUGUGAUUGUUCACUCUGGUCCACAAUGUAUUAACCUUUAACGAGCGUUAACAGUGAUGACAUAACAGAUGAUGUCAACAAGGAGGCUGCCCCUUAGACUGUUUAAACUGUGCUGUGUGUGUGUGCGCGUGUGUGUGUGUGCGCGUGUGUGUGUGUGCGUGCGUGCGUGUGCGUGUGUGCGUGCGUGCGUGUGUGCGCGCGUGUGUGCGAGAGAGAGAGAAUGGUAAUUAUAUAAUGAUUGUUGGUGAAUUAUAUUUUUAUGUUAAGGAUUGUUGCAUUAUGAUGAUAUUUCUGUACAGUCUUUAAUCUCUGGCACAUUUUUUGUUUUAGACACACACACACACACACACACACACACACACAAUAUUUUGUUUUUAAUUGAACUGAGAUGAAUAUUAUGUUGAUAAUGAAACAUUUAAUUUGUCAUUUUUACUGUUUGAUUUUUUUCACCGUUUAUUUUAGAUUCAAAAUGUUUAAGUUAUAAACAAUAAAAAUACAAAUUUGUGUCUCUGUAAA